AUGGAGGCAGAGCAGGAGGGGGAGAAGGAAAUGAAGAUGGUUCUUCACUCUCCUCCAAUCUACCCACUGCCUGAGGAGAUAAAAAAGAUGGAGCGCAAUGAGACUGUGUGUGCUUAUUGCGGUGUAAGCUACCUCAUUUUCCACGAGUUCCAUCAGCUCCACACCCGACUGGUUCAGCUGCAGGAGGAGCUCCAGAAACUGAGAGAGACCACCCAGAGAGAAAGGGCCCAGCGAGAGGCACUGGAGCUGGGCAGACUGGAGCGGGAGAGGGCAUUUCACCUGGAGGUGCAGAGACAAGCAGAAGAGAAAGAGAAAAGCACAAGAGAAGAACUAGAGAAGCGGAACAAAGACAGAGAGAGAUCUCUCACAGAGGAGUUUGAACAGAAAAAUGAGGAGAAGAGGCAAGAGAUGAAAGAAGAGUAUCAGAAAAUCAGUGAAGAAAAACACAGAGAACUUAGAAGAGAGCUGGGAGCCUUACAGGCAGAGUCACUGAGGAAGCAGAGAGAAAAGCUGGAGAGGAGGGCCGAGGAGAGAGAGAAAGUUCUGCGUGACGCACUUCAAAAGGCCAAUAAAAAUUUAGACGAGCUGAGAAAAUACUUCCAACAGCUGGAGGAGAGGCUGGCAAAAGCGGCUUCCACGAAGGAGGACGCAGAGCAGUUACUCGGAAAAGAGAGGCAGAAAGGGGAAAUUCUCAGAGGAGUGUGUGCACAUCAGCAGCAGGCCCUGCGAGCAUCUCUUUCCAUGCUGCGAUCCUCUGGCAGUGAGCUCACAGAUAUACGGGGUUUCCUCAGCCAGCUGAUGGGGGCCUGGCAGCACUUCAGGUCGCAGAUACUGCAGCACAGCACACAGGUGUUCUCAGUGCUGAGAGAGGAGCUUAAACAUUCCAGCGUGGAGUUACAGAAAAUGAGAGAAGAGAAAGAGCACCUAACUCAGCAACUGAUGGAGCAGAGAAGACGGAGUGAGGAGCAGCUGUCCCAACAGAAAGACUGUGAGAACGAGCACAGGGAAAAACUACUCAGGUUAAAAGGGGAGUUGGAGGAGAAACACGAGAGGUGGUUGUCAUGUCAACAAAGGUGUAACACCAUACAGCAGCAGCUGUCGUCAUGGCAGCAGAGAGAGGGGCAAAUGAGUCGGAAGUACGGCGCAGCAGAAGAGGAAGUGACACGACUGAGGGCAGCUUUGGAAAGGGUUCAACAGGAAAUGAGAGAGCUCAGGAGAGAAAGGGAGAUAUUGAUCGAGUCUCAUGGCACAGCUGUUACCAAGAUGGAGGAUAACUGGAGACAGCAGAUGACCUUGAAGCUGGCUGCCACCCUUGAAGAGCAGAGAGCCCAGAAUGCAUUGCACCUGAGGAAGCAGAUGGAGGAGCUUCGCAGAGAGUUGGAGUUAGAGCUGACAUUACACACAGAGAAGAACCAACUGCUGCUUGUACAGUACCAGCAAGAAAGCAAAAAGAUUCAUCAAAAGGUGCAUAUCUGA